CAAGCAAGCUUCUCCAUAGUAAGAAAAAAGCACGAAAGCUCAAAUACGUAUUUACAGAUAAAAGAACAAACAGAGAGAUGGAAGGCUCUUCUUCUACUCAUUUGGCCACAAUUCUUCUCAUUUGCCUCAGCCUGACUCACUUCUCUACCACCGCCACAGCAGCCAGAGCUUUAUCUGGAGCCACUAACACCGAAUUCAUCAGAACAUCUUGCAGCACAACUACCUACCCUAAACUCUGUUACGCCACUCUCUCAAAUCACGCAACUAUCAUUCGAUCCGACCCUAAACUUCUAGCUCACGCGGCUCUCUCCGCGAGCCUUGACUCCGCCAAAUCAACCUCUUCCAUGAUGGCAAAGCUGUCCCAAAGUCAUGGCAUGACACCCCGACAAGGCGGGGCAAUGCGUGACUGUGUGGAGGAAUUACGUGAGUCGGUGGAUGAGCUGAAAAACUCAUUGGAUGAGAUGCCACAGCUCAGGGGCUCAAACUUUGCCCUCACCAUGAAUGAUAUACAAACGUGGGUUAGCGCUGCUUUGACAGAUGACGAUACGUGCAUGGAGGGUUUUGCCGGAAAAGCCAUGAAUGGCAACAACAAAAUCGCUGUGAGGGAUCAAAUAGUGAAUGUUGCACACGUGACUAGUAACGCCUUGGCUCUGAUAAAUAGCUAUGCUGCCCUCCACAGGUAGCUAGAUGAUGAUCAGGCAUGGCCGGCAAUCGGCAAUCAGCACGUAACGAAGUGUACAAUGUUGGCUGUUGCUACUUUUUAAUUAGCACUAAUUAAUUGGUAGCAAUAAGCAGGAUAGGUAAGAAUAUGAAUAUGAUGCCUGGAUUCAGGACUUCAAAAUCACGGUCGUUUAGUUUGUGAUUUGGUAAAUUGUGUAUGUAUGAUCAACAUCUAUAUGGAUAGUAUUGCGAACAUUGUAAACGCCUAUUAAGUUCAGAUGAUCCUUUUGUUCACACUUAAUUUGAUGGUUGUCAAUUACAUAGAGAAAGAGACAAAGGAUGUUUUUAGA